AUGAGCAAAGAUAAUUUGCAAGUGCAGGUGUGCAGGAGGACCAAUAGUCCCUCAUACAGGGAAAGAUUUCUCUUCGCCCUGGAGGAGGAGGAGCCGCCCCUGCGUGCCCUGGCCUUCUACAUGUACGCUUCUGACAAGUUCACCAACACACUCAUCGGUGAAGCUCAUCUCAGACUCAGCGAUGUCGACCUCUCUACUCCCUGCGCCCUCGUCCUGCCCCUCACUGACAUGGGCCAGAAGGGCGUGGGUUACGGAGAGAUAAUGUUCUCACUCUCCUACCUGCCCACGGCGGAGAGGCUGACAGUGGUGGUGGUGAAGGCACGAAGUCUUCAGUGGACGGGAGACAAGACUUCUGCCGACCCCUUCGUCAAGGUGUACGUGCUGCAGAAUGGUAAGAAGGUGAUGAAGAAGAAGACAAGUGUGAAGAAAGAUACACGAUCACCUGUUUUCAACGAAGCCAUGAUCUUCAGCGUCCCAGCACCCGCGCUACACAACAUACAGUUGCGGGUGACGGUCGCUGAAUACAACAGCGAGGGAGGUCCAGCCAGGUCGGUGGGGCACGUCAUCGUGGGCACACAGGCCACCGGCAAGGCUCUCUCACACUGGAACCAGAUGAUGUCCGCCCUCAGAAAGCCCAUUGGCAUGUGGCAUCCGCUGAGACGGUAAUACUCACUACAAGACCAGACCCCCAAGGUACUGGAAGGAACCCCAAAGCAAAGUUUAGUGAAAGGGAAUAACAGAGUGGUGAUGACGGUUGUUGCUUAGAGUACUGGUGGUAAGUGGGACAGGAUUUGCAAUCGGUGGUGGUGGAGCCUGGAAUGGGUACAGGUAGUCUUGGUGAACUUAACAGGAGAAGGAAGGUCUCAGGUGAAGCCUAGCAGUUAGAAGCUGGUGUGAACAAGUGAAGGAUCUUAAAAAGCAUAGUAUAACAUGAGGAUAGAUGAGAAAGAUCUUAAAAAUUGUAUAACUGUAAAGCUCUCCCAUAAACACAUGAAACAAGCCAACAAAAUAAUAGCCUGAAUUUGAUAUGGAAUCCUGUGGAAU